AUGGCAAUGCCACCAGGAAAUGUGGUCAGACCGGACAAAAUGCAGUUUCCUACUGGUGCUGGCGGUGGUUCUGGUGGCAGUGCAGCUGGCGGAAAUGAGAUCCAUCAGAACCACCAGCCCUACCCCCAAAGGCACCAGUGGUUCCCUGUUGACGAGCGUGACGGGUUUAUCUCGUGGCUGAGGGGGAAUUUGCUGCUGCCAAUGCGAUUAUUGAUUCCCUCUGCCACCACCUGCGUUCCGUUGGGGAACCUGCAGUAUUUUUCGGUGGGGGAGGUUGUUGUUGCAUUGCAGCAAGUUGUACUGAGGAGACAGCAGCAGCAGAAUCAUCAUCAUCAACAGAGGUUCUAUUAUGAUCAGGGUAAAGUUGGGGGAAAGGAUUUUAAAAGAUCUUCAAGUGCCGGGUUUAAUAGAGGGCAUAGGGGUGGUGGUGGUGGUGAGGCAGUGAAAGAAGGGGUUAAUUCUAAUGUAGAGAAUCAUAGUUUCAAUGGAAAUUCUUCAGAGGAUGCAAAGAGUGAGAAAUUUGAGGAGGUUAAAUCUGGUGGUGAUGUUGGGAAAUCUGAUGAUAAGAAAGCAGAUGCUACUGUGAAACCAAAUACAGAUAACCACUUGAAUAGUUUGGGCAAUUCACAAGGAACCUUUUCUGGAAAUUCAGAAGCUGCGGCUGUUAAUGAUCAAUCUAGCCUGAAAGAUCUUGUGGUUCUACCAGAGAGUGAUUCACAUCCCAGUAGUAAUCAGAGUGAGAAGCAGAAUCUUGCUAUCACACCAAAAACGUUUGUUGCUGAGGAGAUGAUAGAUGGACAGACGGUUAAUGUGGUUGAUGGGCUGAAAUUGUAUGAAAAAUUGCUUGAUGGCUUGGAAGUUUCUAAGCUUGUUUCUUUGGUUAAUGAGUUGAGAGCUGCAGGGAGAAGAGGACAAUUUCAAGGCAAGGAUUUGCCAGCAUUAUUUUGCAUAGGCCUGAGGUUGAGACUGGCCAAGCUUAGUGUUAUGUUUGAGAUGCACCUGCAGAAGAUGAAAAUGCAAAUGGGACCUCCAAAGGCAUGUCACAUCUUACAUCGGAGAGUAGAACCCAUUCCUGCUUUGCUGCAAGAUAUAAUUGGACGUUUGGUUGGCAUGCAAGUUAUGACCAUGAAGCCAGACUCUUGCAUAAUUGAUAUCUACAAUGAGGGUGAUCACUCCCAGCCCCACAUGUGGCCACCAUGGUUUGGAAAGCCUGUUUCAGUUCUUUUCUUGACAGAAUGUGAGAUGACCUUAGGGAGAGUGAUUGAAACCAUGCAUCAUGGGGAUUAUAGAGGGUCCCUCAAGCUUUCUCUUGCACCUGGGAUACAAGACGUUAAACAAUUAGCUGUGGUGAAACAGUUGUACGAUGAGAUGAGAUUUAGCAAUGCAUUUCCUUCCCUUGAAUGGAAAUUUUUCAUGAAUACUUUCAUGAGAAUGAACUGUAAAUUUGGUCUUAUAUUCCUCGAAGUAAUGUUUCUUGCUGCAAAAAACAGAUCCCUCCUUCUGAUGCAAGGGAAGUCAUCUGAUGUGGCCAAGCAUGCAAUUCCCAUGAUUAGAAAACAACGGAUGCUUGUUACCUUCACUAAGUCUCAACCAAAGAAGUUUACAUCUACCGAUGGCUCACCGCUUGCUUCACACACUGUAGCCCCAUCUUCCCAUUGGGGUCCACCUCCAAGCAGAUCCCCAAAUCAUCUUCGCCAUCCUGUGCCCAAGCAUUAUGCAGUAAUUCCAACAACCGGUGUACUGCCAGUGCCGUCCAUUAGGCCUCAAAUUCCCCCUCCAAAUGGUGUCCAACCACUCUUCAUGACCGCCCCAGUUGCAGCACCAAUGCCUUUUCCUGCACCAGUUCCCAUCCCACCAGUUUCAACUGGAUGGCCUACAGCUUCUCCUAGGCAUCCUUCAGCUCGCCUACCUGUCCCCAUCCCUGGCACAGGUGUUUUCCUCCCUCCACCAGGUUCUGGCAAUGCAUCAUCUCCACUACAGUUGUCGAUGGCUGCUGCUGAAAUGAACUUUCCUACAGAGACAGCAUCACCGCCAGAAAAAGAAAAUGGACCAGGAAAAUCCAGUCAUGAUACAAGUGCUUCUUCGAAAGAGAAAUCAGCUGAAACGACUCAGAGACAAGAUUGCAAUGGAGUUGUGGAUGGAAGAGCUGUGACAAAGGAAGAACAGUGA